CUUACAUGUAAUAAACAAAUAUGCCGUUUCGCCAACAUCAAUCACCGCGUUAAGAACACCGGAGAAGCGCAAAUAACCUGGAGGUUCCAAACGAGGGAAAAGAGGUUUUUAUUUUGAAACGCGAGCCCCUCUGUACACCGGAAGUAGAACUUUACCUAAUCCCUAUUGCGGCUCACUUCCCACGGCGCAAGUCCCAUUACGGCUUUAUGUUUUCCCACAAAAUAGCAAACACCCACAGGCGCAUAUUUGGCAAACGCGAUGAUUUAAGUUUUGUUGAAGCUGCCUUUCAUAUGUAUAUUUUUGCAUAGAUAUUUUGAAACGGGGGGCAAGAUGUCGAGUUUAGUUACCUUUCAGGCACAAUUAGCCUCCAUCAUGGAUGUGUUAGUGCGAUCAGCCGUAGCAGAAUUGAGUAAACUUGGCUCUGCGGUGCUGCGAUUGGAAAUGUCUCCUGGUGAGCAGGAGGAUCAUGAUGAUGAUGAAGAGCUCGAGAAGAAGAAGGCGCCGUUUCCGAUCGAGCAGAGGACGACACAGCUGGCCUCCAUCAUGGCAACGCUGGCCAAAGCAGCAGUGGCGGAAAUUAGCAAACUUGCAGAUGAUGGCUUCGCCGUCUUGCGUUUGGAAAUGUCCCGGAAUAAAAAAGAGAACGAAGGCCUUAAGAGGAAAAUAGAGUUGAUGGAGAGCGAGCUGAGGACGGCAGGAAGACAUGGAGAGAGUGCUGUCGCCAGUCGCUCUGUCGGAGUUCAGGUCGGAUAUAGUCUGGAGGACUAUGAGAGCGGAGGGGCACAUUCUCCAGGGCGAGAAGGGGUGCCUCUAAAAGGGUGGAGAAACAGGGUCUGGAUCGACGGAGAGACCAUAGCUGUGAAACUGGAAGGUGGUCCAUUGCAAUGUGAUGCUGUCAGUGAUGAGUCUGCAGAUGUGGAAGAUGACAGGCCUGAAAUAAUGAUGAUAAAGGAAGAGAAUCUGGAAGAGGAUUUGUGGAGCAGUCAGCUUCACGACAGAGAGAAGAGAAAUGUGGAAUUUGCUGAUGCGGGACACAGACCCAUCUUUGACCAACUCUACGAAGACGAUAUUGACGCAGAGACCGCGGCAGCUAAAAACCCCGAAAAAUGGGACAUCCUCCCUUCUUCUGAGUACGACCUGGGUGGUCGGGAGAAGGAUGGACCUACCCUGAGUAGGAAUACUUACAGUACACAGAGUCACGUGUUUGCCGAACAGUCGAUCGAACAGUUCAUCUGCUCGCAUUGCGGGAAAAGUUUUGAUUGUUUCAGUGCCUAUGAGACGCACCAGCAGAUACACUCAGGGGAGAAACCGUAUAGCUGUGAUAAGUGUGGGGAAAGUUUCUCUAACCUAAGUAACCUGAAAAGACACGAACGGAAUUUUCACAGCGGAAAAGUAACGCUUGAUGGAUCGGCUUAUGAUCGGUUCGACACAAAGAAAUCCCACAUUAGUAUACCCCACAGGCUCCUCCCUGGGGAGAAACCGUUUGGCUGUACGCUGUGCGACAAGAGCUUUAGCAAGCCGAGCCUUCUGAAGAAACACCAAGUUGUGCACACUGGGGAGAAACCGUACAGCUGUGAUAUCUGUGGGAAGAGUUUCUCUUACAUGUAUAGUCUAAAAUCACACCAGAUCACUCACAGCGGGGAGAAACCAUUCACCUGCUUGCAGUGUGGCACCAGUUUCACCAAAAAGACUUACCUCGAGACACACCAGAACACACACACUGGACAGAAACCAUUCAGCUGCCCGCACUGCGGCAAGCGCUUCUCCCAGAAAAGCAACCUUAAAGCUCACAUAAGAGUCCACACGGGAGAGAAGCCGUUUCGGUGCGAUGAGUGCGGCGAGUGCUUCAUUCACGCAAACAGUCUGAAAACACACAAGCAGCUUCACACCGGAGAGAAACCGUAUAGCUGUGACAUUUGCGGGAAGAGCUUCAGUCGAGCGACUCACGUCAAAAUACACCAGCGCAUUCAUACGGGGGACAAGCCGUACAGCUGUACCACAUGCGGGAAGAGUUUCAGUCAGAAAGGUUACCUGAAAACACAUCAGAUCUUUCACUCCGGAAUAAAGGACUUCAAGUGUCUGGUGUGCACAAAGAGUUUCAGCCAAGCGAGCUGCCUCAAAAAACAUCAGCGAGUUCACACAGGGGAGAAACCCUUCGGUUGUGAUAAAUGUGGGAAGUGUUUCUCUUAUCUCAAGUCUCUUAAGGACCACAAGUGUAUGUAUUUGAAAUAGACCGUUUGGAUAUACGCAACUGUAAACCUGUGUUUAUUGUACUGUGAAGGUCCUAGUAAAUUCAGAAGGGUGAUGCGUAGAAUGUCGGAGGAGUUUCCUCUUUUUUGCAGGAUUUUCUUUUCUUUUUUUUUUCGGAUUUAACGUGGCUUCUUACGGGACUCGUCUGACAAGGCUAAUUCGUCAUAUGAUGAAGAAUUCUGCCUAGUACUUUAAGUGCCAUUCUUGUAUAUUGGUUUACAUUUCUAACUGUAUCAUACCACAGAAUACCGAUAAAUGUUUGUUAUUGUUUAACCAUUGUCCUAACCGGCGGGUUUAUGGAAUGGUUAAGAUAUUUGAUUGAGUACCUUGAGGCUCAAGUUGAAUACUUCUAAUGGUAGGAGCCUACAGUGAAACUGAAAUAAAGACGAAAACCUGCAAUACAUGGAUCACGUAAGAAUUCAAACCUGUGAACUUCUUAUAUGGAGGAAACUCCAUCGACGGCAACAUACCUUUUCAGUUAAGAGUUUCGCGGACAUUGCGCCGCUGCACGGUGCGUUUUUGUCCUGUUAUUCCAAAAAGUUUUUCACAAGCUAUGGGUGGGAAUUUGGCUUUUCGCUGGUUCCUGGGCUUCAAGUCGGCAGUGACAUCGCUGCUCGAGAGCAUUCAGUUUCUCGUAGCUCAAGCGUUGCUUUGCGGUUCCCUCCGGGCCGUCGACCUACUGGAAGGAAAAUUCGAUCUACAGCUCAAAGUCAAGGAGCUUGAAAUAAAUUUUCUUGAGCGUUUGUUC